AUUGCGCGCACGCGCGUGUGUGUGCGCGACUUUCGCGUACUGAAGCAGUGUGAACACUCGUGUGAUUAAAUAUACAGCGGGGCGUUUCCGUUAGGGGCUGCUCCGGUUAUAAAGCAAAGACGCCCACCGCACCCCCCUUCUCCACCAGCGCUACUUCCUCGCGCACGCGCGCGCGUCCCCGCGGAACUGAUGCCAGCGCAAGACCGGAGCGAACGGAAACGCGCGGCGACGGGCUGACCGAGGAGAGGAGAGGAGAGAGCGCGCGCGCCGACAGAGGCCGAGCCGCCGGUUUAUUCCAGCAGGAUGCAGUAAAACCUUGUACCAGCAAUCAAAACGGGCAGAGUCUCUCAUCUGGCCACGGCCCCUGAUCUUUCCUUACGAUUCCAGAAGAUGUACAGCGGUGCAGCACGAGGCGUCAGCCAUAUUGAGGGCAGCCCAGCUCGUUCUCCUCGCCUGCCCCGAUCGCCCCGUCUGGGACACCGCAGGGUGACCGGCGCCAGCUCGGGUGCCAAGACUCUGUCUAUGGAGAACAUACAGUCUCUGAAUGCCGCCUACGCUACUUCAGGCCCCAUGUAUCUGAGCGAGCACGAGGUUGUGGGCUCCACCGCCACCUACCCGAGAGGCACCAUGACAAUUGGACGAGGUGCCAGCCGAGCAGUGUACGGAGGCCGCGUGACAGCUAUGGGGAGCAGUCCUAAUAUUGCCUCCAUGGGCCUGGGACCGCACGGAGACCUCCUGUCUUACGGUGAACUGGGCUCGAUGGGCUCUUUGGCCCUGCAGCACCACCAGCAGGGGGCACUCCAGGCACAGCUCCGUGAUCUGCAGCGUGAGAACGAGAUCCUGCGCCGAGAGCUGGAGCUGAAGGAAAGCAAACUGGGCUCCUCGGCCAAUAGCAUCAAGAGCUUCUGGAGCCCCGAGCUAAAGAAGGAGCGCGGGAUGAGGAAGGAGGAGGCGGCACGUACCUCGGUGCUGAAGGAGCAGAUGAGGGUGACGCACGAGGAGAAUCAGGUCAGCGGCGUUUGGCACCUGAUGGACGCUCGCAGGACCAAGCACCUUCAGAUGACCAUCCAGGCUCUUCAGGAUGAGCUAAGGACACAGCGUGAUCUGAACCACCUCUUGCAGCAGGAAAGCAACUCCAGGCCUGUAGGAACUGAGCACUUCACUACCAUUGAGCUGACUGAGGAGAACUUCCGCCGCCUGCAGGCUGAACAUGACCGCCAGGCCAAGGAGCUCUUCCUGCUGAGAAAGACACUGGAAGAGAUGGAGCUGAGGAUCGAGACACAGAAGCAAACGUUGGGAGCCAGAGACGAGUCCAUUAAGAAGCUGUUGGAGAUGCUGCAGAGCAAAGGACUCCCUCCGGUUACUGGGAGAACCUCGGAUGAGGAGGAGCAAGACAGAGCGAGACGGAUUGCAGAGGCUGAGGCUCAACUCGGCCACCUGGAAAUCAUACUGGACCAGAAGGAGAAAGAGAACCUUCAUCUUAGAGAGGAGCUUCACCGAAGAAAUCAGCUGCACCAGGACCCGAGCAAGACCAAAGCCCUGCAAACCAUCAUAGAGAUGAAGGACACCAAGAUCGCGUCUUUGGAGAGGAACAUCCGAGACCUGGAGGACGAGAUUCAAAUGCUAAAGGCCAACGGCCUGCUGAGCACCGAGGACCGUGAGGAAGAGAUCAAACAGAUGGAGGUGUACAAGAACCACUCCAAAUUCAUGAAGACCAAGAUUGAUCAGCUGAAGCAGGAGCUGUCGAAGAAGGAGUCUGAGCUUCUGGCUUUGCAGACCAAGCUGGAGACCCUGAACAAUCAGAACUCAGACUGUAAGCAGCACAUCGAGGUUCUCAAAGAAUCUCUGACAGCCAAAGAGCAGCGAGCCGCUAUCCUCCAGACUGAGGUGGAUGCCCUCAGGCUGCGUCUUGAGGAGAAAGAGUCGUUCCUCAAUAAAAAGAGCAAGCAGCUGCAGGACCUGACCGAGGAGAAAGGCACCCUCGCCGGGGAGAUCCGUGACAUGAAGGACAUGCUAGAGGUCAAGGAGCGCAAGAUCAACGUGUUGCAAAAGAAGAUCGAGAACCUGCAGGAGCAGCUGCGAGAUAAAGAUAAACAGCUGGGGAACCUGAAGGACCGAGUGAAGUCUCUGCAGACCGACUCGACCAACACAGACACAGCACUUGCCACACUGGAGGAGGCUCUGUCUGAGAAGGAGCGGAUCAUCGAGCGUCUGAAGGAGCAGAGAGAGCGAGAGGACCGUGAGCGCAUGGAUGAGCUCGACUCAUACAAGAAAGAGAACAAGGAGCUGAAGGAGAAGGUCAGCAGUCUGCAAGUGGAACUUACUGAGAAAGAGUCUAGUUUAAUAGACCUGAAAGAACAUGCCUCUUCUUUGGCCUCAUCCGGCCUGAAGAAAGACUCCAAGCUGAAAUCAUUGGAGAUUGCCAUUGAGCAGAAGAAGGAGGAGUGCAGUAAACUGGAGACGCAGCUGCAGAAGCAAGCUGAGCAGCUGUUCAAUCAGAUGAACAACCCUAAGGCGCACGAGGUGGAGGUUCAGCAGGGUUCUCGUGGAAACCCGGACUUUAUGGAGCGUUUUAAGAUCCUUGAGAAGGAAGUGGCCUUCUACAAGGAAGAGUCAGGGAAAGCACAAACUGAGGUGGAGAGGCUGCUGGAUAUCCUCCGGGAUGUGGAGAGCGAGAAGAAUGACAAGGACAAAAAAAUUGCUGAGCUGGAGAGAGCUCCUGCUGACUCGACCCCCUCAGUGUCCGCUGCCCCUCAGCAGAUUGGGGGCAUGGUGUGGGACUUCCUGGGAAAUCUUGCACCAAGGCAAAGCAAAGACCAGAACAAAAAGGGUCCCGGCUUAAAGAUUGGCCAGCAAGGAGAUAAAAAGGGGAGUGGCAUCCUUCCAGAUCCUCGCAAAGACAACCCAAUGGACAACGCCAAGAUGGAGGAAUUGAUGACGAUGUUGGAAAAGACGAGGCAGGAGCUUGAUGCAACUAAACAGCGCUUGUCCUCAACCCAGCAGUCUUUGGCAGAGAGGGAUGGUCACCUGACCAACCUCCGACAGGAGAGACGCAAACAGCUAGAGGAAAUUUUGGAGAUGAAGCAGCAAGCCCUACUGGCUGCCAUUAGCGAGAAGGAUGCCAACAUCGCCCUACUGGAGCUUUCUUCAUCUAAUAAGAAGAAAACCCAGGAGGAGGUCAUGUCAUUAAAGCGUGAGAAGGAUAGACUAAUGCAGCAACUCAAGCAGCAGACCCAGAGUCGAAUGAAAUUGAUGGCAGACAACUAUGAAGAUGACCACUACCACCCUCAUGGCCUCCCUCACCACCUCCAACCGGGGCCACCCCACCCACAUCCCCAUUCCCACCCACAGGCCCCACCUCCUGCCCAAGGACAACCUUUGUACCCACAUGCCCCCUCCUCAACAGCAACCCCCUACCAACACACCCUCCAUCCCCAACAUCCACAAUCCCUACCUCCACAUGCCCAUCAUCAACAGACACCUCAUCCACCAUACCCCCAACACCCCAGCCACCUGGUCCCCACCAACACCCAACCAGGCCCCAACAACCUCACCCACAGCACCCACACACCGUGCGCCCCCUCAGCAACACCCGCAGCACCCUCAACAUGGGCCACCACCACAGCAGGGCCCCCACCCUCAACACCCUCAACACCCUCAACACCCUCAACAUCCCCAACACCCUCAGCACCCCCACCACCCUCCUCAUGCUGCUCCUCAUGGACCUCACCCUCGACACACCGCUCCGCACCAUCGUGCCCCUGCCCGUGGGCCACCAAAUGCAGGACACAGACCCACUCCAGAUCCGGAUGACGAGGAAGGCAUUUGGGCGUAACCAUUUCAAACCAAAGCUGUGCCGAUCUUUUACAGGAUCCCAGAUGAGGGUUGGAGCUGCAUAGCCAUGUCAUACAGAUGAAACUAUCCAUUAUCCACUUGGCCGGACUCUAUCUUCUAUCAGACCAAUGCUUCAGCAGGGGGCCUUCACACUGAGGAAGUGGAGCUGGAAGGGUGUGUGUGUGUGUGUGUGUGUGUGUGUGUGUGUGUGUGUGUGUGUUUGAGGCCAGUGUGCAGACUCACACCCGAGCAGAUGGGAGAGGAGAUCAGGAUGGAGAGAUGUGCAGGUCUGGAUGUUGGAGACACAAGUGCACCUGGUGCCUGGUGAAAAAAAAAAAAAGUUCUUGAAUGAGAGCCUGUAAGGUGAACUCACAUGCAUUUGACCUGCUUUCGUCCUUCUCACCUGCUCGUCCAAAGCCACUUAUAUGUGACUCUGUCUGCUCGUCCACGCUCCCUCUCAGACUCAGCUGCUGAGCCUGGAAAGAUGGGUCCCGCCAAUCAAAAUCUAAUUCAAUCAUGUCAUGCCUCUUCGUCAUCUGCCAGAAGGUUCCAGACUUGUGUCUUCAAAAACAAUGUUCGACGUUGUUUAAAAAUGGAUUGUCCAGAAAGUUUUUACUGUUUUGUUUACAAAACCAUAAUUUGAUAAACAUUUUGGUAUGUUUUAGCUUUGAGUAAAACAAAGGAAUCUGAGGGAAGUUUUUGGUGGCUCCUUAGAGACAGUGGUGAGUUAGCUGGACAACAUGGAAAGGUUAGCUCCAGUACAGAUAUGUACCAGGAUUGGAAGCUGUCUCUGCAGCAUUAUGGUUGACUAGCAUACUGGUCAGAAUACGCUUGAGUGCAUUCCCUCGACAUCCUUAUAAGAGGACCCUUAAGUAGUGUAUAAGAUCAAGGUAAUGAGCUAACUAGCAAUCUGGUGAUGCUAAUUAUGUUACUGUACGUUUCAUUUUAUAGUGAGAGUGACUAACUUUCAUGCUAGCUAGCUAAUUCUCGUUUGGUACUCAAAUGCAAGCAAGUUCUAUAUAGUACCUUAUUUUAGGGUGCUAUUAGCAAAGUAAUUAAUUGUGUUUUGCUUAUUGUACUCCAAUGAGAGUUCAUUGCUGUCUCAAACAAGCUAGCUUUAGCCAAACUUAUCAAGUUCAGAUGGUCAUUUAUGCAUAGUAGUUAACUAGUAAGUGAUUUUCUUUACCGGAUAUCAGGGGAUGCCUCUGUAAUCAGUGUGUCAACUGCAUUUGUUGCUCUUUCUGCUCAUGAUUCUUAAUAGAAUCUUGGUUAUGGGUGACACCAUGCACCUAUGCACCCCCUCCGCCAUCUGGCUUCAGCCAAAAUCAUCGCCACAAUCAUUUUGAGAUAAAUCACCCAAAGGUGGUUAAAAAAACCCAGAAUCUCCUACCCGACUCCAGGGUUUUGUUCCUAAUGGUGCUUUUAUUGGUGCUUUACAUCUAAACAUGGAUGGAAACAGCCAUCGCUGCAUUGACUGGUGUCCUGUUACUAUGCGUUGCUUUGCUGUUCAUUGAGAGGCACUUGACUGGUCACAGUUCAGGUCUGUAAUACAUGUUGUGUGCUCAGAAAUGGUAUCAGUACACUCACCUUUCAUAUAAUAACAAAACAAUCUGACUGUUGUUGUUUGUAAGCAAAACGUCCAGGUAAAAGAAAAUUAAGUCGCAUUUUUCAGUCAGUGUAAUGCUAACUUUAUUUGAUAAAGGUCAAGGCCUGAAGAUCUCAUUAGAGGUCAUUUUCUCACCAUACCAUUGUUUUAUUUCCCUGACAACAACCACCUAAUCACUUCUCCUACAUAGUGGCUCGUUUCUAAAGAAAAUCUGUACAUCAGUGUAUAUCAAGUGGUGGUGGGCAACAUAUUGUGCCCACAAAUACAUAAUGUAAAAAAAAGGUAGAAGAUACUGUAAGUGUUCCUGAGUGCUGUGAUGUGUCUGUUACAAUCCUUUAGAGUGUGAGGCCCAUAACAAGAUCUUGUCAUAAAGAUCUAUGCACAAAAGUAAUGAAAAAUGAAGAGUUAGAUGCACCAUGUUGAAGGAUCGUUGGAUUUGCUUAAUCAAGGUAGAUAAGCAUUUCUUUCUUUAAGUUUAAGAAAACAAAAAAACAACAAGAGUUCCUCCCAGAUAGCACUCAGACCCUGAUCUUUGGGCAAUCGUCUUCUAAGCACACGAUAAGCAGAUUCAACAAAUCAUUGAGCUACAACUUCCCCCUCGAUGUUUAGCUCAAGAACAAAACUGAACAAACAAGACGAUGAAUAAAAAUUCAGACUUGUCUAUGCAUGAAAAUUGGAAUAUUAUAGGCACGCGCCUACACAGUGUUGUGGCGAAGUCUUCCCAGUUAGCAAAUCAGACGCCAGUAAUUUCCCUUUAACUGUAAUUUAUGUACAUGGUGAUAAUGAAUGAUUUGAGUGAUAUCCUGUUUCUGGUAGCUUGAAUAAUUGCGACUCGUGGCUCUCGUGGCUUGUUGGAGGAUUUAAAAACGUAUUACCUGUGUUUUUGUCUCGAUGUUCUUAGCAGACAACUAGAGAAUCUGCAUCUGUGGUGGCUUGACUGAUCACUGUAGAGUAAUAAGACCAAGACCUGACUGUUACUAUCGAUUUUUUUGUACAGUAACUGUGAUUUAUUCCUUCCCAUUCCUUCAGAUCAUCGCUGUAGUCACAGAAUGUCACGCCAGUGUUGUAGAACAUCUCCUGCUUCUAAACCCUGUUUGUAAUCGGCGAUUUAGAACUUCAACAGCUCUCCUAAAUUUAAAAAGCUCACUUGUUACCUCUACUUCUUGAGUUGAACGUCUCAGUCUCACUGUUUUAGCGUUCACUUUUUUUGUCGAUCUCAAAUGUGCGUGUUGCAAAAGCGUAUCGCAUUUUCCCCAAAUGUAGACACGUUUUCAUGGUUUUUCAUUCUAAAAUAAUAGCUAGAUAUAAAACAUAUUAUUGUUGCUGUAGUUCCCUGAGAAUUCGGCUGGAGCUGAUUUUUGCCUUGUGAAACCAAACAGACAAAACCGCUCGAAUAUGAUGCGAAUAAAGUCACGUGAACACUGUCACGUGACAACCGGGAAACACAGUCAACAGAGCGUUAUCUAGCUAACGACAGAGAUGAAUUAGUGAGCAUUGUAAAAGUAUUGGUGAAAACAAUUUAGAACUAAAACCGAACACUUAUUUACACCUAAAAAUAAAAAAGUUCAACAAGAGCACAUAAGAUGUGAAUACUUAAAUGUCACUUCAGCUUUAGGACAGUAUUCUUCAUACAGAGUCACCCUUAACCUUCUGGGUGUUUGGAGAUACUACAGUACAGAAAAACUCCAUUUAUGUGGAAAAGAAUUCACUGUUGUUUUUGCUUUAGUGGACAAAUGGAUUUAUUACUAAAAUAAUGAAGCUCAUAAUUGACAUUAUUUGGCAGAUGCCCUUAUCCAGAGUGACAUUCAUUCUAUUCGUACACCUGAGUCGUUAAUGGGUUAAGGGCCUCAACCACCAAGUUACCUCCUCCUCAUAUAAUUAAUAAUUGCUGACGGUUUCCAGAUGAACACUGAUUUAUUACCUUUUAGAAUCUCGACUCAGUCAGUUAGUCUGCUGGAGCAUCAUGGAGCGUCCUGCCACACUUGCCUUUAUCUUAGCGUGCUCCUGAUGCUACAUGCCCCUCCACACCACCUGUACAAAGCCAAAUUGGUCAUCUAAGAGAACCUCACGACAUUAUCGCCAUCUUCUGUGCAAUUGCUUCUUUGUAGUCAGUAUGUGUAACUUUUAAACAGUAAAAGGAUUUUUUCUUUAAAUCCUCCAUUUUCAGGUUCUUUAACCAACUGGAUACUUGAAGCAGGAGUGACGUCUCCUACCAUGAAAUCAUAUGUGGAAAUUGUAAUGUAGAAUAUACAGUAUAUACAUACAAAUAUAUAUAUAAAUAUAAAAAAUCAAUAGACAGAUAUAGAGCAGAUGGGUGUCAUGCUCUAAACACACUUCACACUUUACAUGAAAAAGACUGUGGGUUUGAGACUGAGAAAAAAACAAUUAUGAACAAAAUAUGUGUGUGCGCGCGUGUGUGCGUGUGCACGUGUUGUAUCGUGUUCAUGAUGUCAAAAGUACACAAACUCUGUAUGGAAAAUGGAAAAAAAAAAAAGAAAAACUAAAACACUGUGACCAAUGUUUAAAAAAAGGAAAUUGUUUAUUUAUUUAUUUAUUUAUUUAUUUAUUUAUUUAUUGAACAAACUGAUUUAUCUACAUUUGUGUUUUUACUUUAACGUUGUAUCAUUUGUUGAAUUUUUUAAUAGUUUCUGGAUUGGGAACAUGUCAGAUUUACAAUAUACUGUUUGUGAAUGUCUUUUCCAAUGUGCAGUAACGAUACAGAAGAAGAAACCCGUUGUGAGCGUUUGCAUGCCGAAUGAGUAACGUGCGUGGAAAAAAGCGGGGGAUUUUAUUUUUUACACAUUUAUCCGUCCUCGUAUGUGAGACACAUCCACAUCGCAGCCUGUCAGGGUUUUUUUUUUGUUUUUGAGAAUGAGUUGUUCUUGUCUGUGCAAAUAACAAAGUGUGUUAGCAUGGGGAUUAUGAAUGCGAUUGUCGUUCUGCGUGUGUGUGUUUUGCAUGAGUAGUUAUAUUGGAGUGUGUGUGUGUGUGUGUGUGAGAUUGUGUGUGUCAUUACAGGAUGUGAUGUUAGAUACCGGGUGAGAGAUCGAGCAGUUCAGCAUGGAUUCUGUAUGUCAUGUUUGGUGUUUCCGAUGUGCGGUGGGACUCUGCUGUCCCUCUGCACCCCUCCAGGUGUCGUAAUCGAGAAAAAAAUGUUACUGAGUGUUUGGCCAGUUGAUUUCUAUCCAUUCAAUAAAGAGCGACAUUCUUUCUGAA